AAAAGGUGAAGAGAGAGAGAGAGAGAGAGAGAGACGGUCGUGCUUUCUUCCAGCCUCACCCAGCACAAUGGCAACCCCCAAGGACAAGGGAACGAAAAACAUCCACGUCCUCACCCAAGAACGGAUAAUGAAAGAGGAGGAGAUGAUAGAGAAAGUUGCAGAUUUUACUAAAAUGAUUCGGAGAUGGGAGCGUGGUCGAGCAGCAGGCCUGGAGUUGGCAAAAAUGGAGGACAUCAGUUUUGCAAAGAUCAAGCAGAGGCAGCAGGCAGAAAUUAAAGAAGAGCUUUACCAUGCUGAUAAACAGCUGACAAUGGUUCGACGAGAAGCCUUGCGUCAUCUCCUCAGGACUGAGCAUCUGCAAUACCAGCUGGAAUUGAACCACCUGGGCAAGUCGUUCUACGUAGAGCGGCUGUGACUGCUCGCCUCAGACAUGCCCAGGGAUCCCAACCAUGCAGGGAUGCCUACCCCAAGGCAAGUCUCUCAGAAGAGCAUCUUGCGCCUGAAAAAGGUUUCUUCUGUUGGAGGAAAUUGCUUUCACCAGUGGAGCAGAUAUGUAGGAUCCAACACAAAUAAAAUAAGAACGUGAUUUCCCAGUUCUCAGUACUGCAUUAAAAUGUGAGCACUGAUUGCUUUUCUCCUGCAGAUAAGUAAUGAUUAAGCAUUGAAUAUUUUUAAACUACCCAGAAGAUGAAAAUGCUAAGUGUUAUGAUUACUGCCAUUGUUAUGGUACCAGUGAUCAGAAUUAGUGGUCUACAAGGAGUCUGGAGAAAUGCAUUCUAUUCCAGUGGUUCCCAGCCUGGGGUAGUGUACCCCUAGGGGUACGUGCCUGAGUAUUUGAGGACAUGUGAAAAAAAUUACAUAAUGCGUUUGCUAAUAUGGGGGUACAAUUUUAAGGAAAUGGAUUGCCAAGGGGCAUGCGAGUGAAAAAAAAGGUUGGGAACCACUGUUCUGUUCCAUCAUUCUUUGUGAAAUUGUGUGGGAAAAGAAUAUUAGUCACAGCAGGAUUUAUAAUCUGGGACAUGAAGUGUAGUUGCCAAAUACAGAUUUAUCAAAGUAUUGAAGCAACACAAAAUCUUCUGCAAGGUGAAUUCACUAUUACCAAAGCCAUUUUCUUUUCCAAAGCAAGGUCAGUGGCACAGGUUCAUUCUGUUACUGGGCUGAACCUGUAUUUAUGAAGGAAUCUCAGAAAUCAGGAAACACAUAUUCUGUGUUAAAUGUUUGAGGCAUGGUUCA